UUCACUGAAGCCUUAUUACUCUUAAAAGAGCAAUUUGGUUGGUUGCACAGCUAUUAGGAUCAGACAGUCAGGCUUAAAGCUGUCAGUACAACUGCUUCUCAUCUUUUUUCACAAUCCUGACAUCUUUUCUCUUUUCUGCUGGACACAAGCAUUACUGUAUUUAUCAUUUUCAAUCAAGCUCACGCUGCAAGCUGAGGAAUAUAUUCCCACAGAAACCCAAGUGAGGAGCAGAAAUUAUUUUAUAGCUGCUGUAGUAGCAGCGGUGCUGGCUGCAUGUUGUGUGGGAGAAAUCGGAUCAGUGAGAAAUGUGGCUUUCCUCAGGGCUACAUCAUUGAAAAAUUACUUCAACGUCUGAGAGGAGCAAAGCUACUCCUUGCUCUAAUUUUUCAAUGAUUAACACUCUUCCCUAAGUAAAUACCAAGUGGGGGAGAAGAUGUGAGAUUUUUUAAUUUUUUUUUUUUUUUUGUAUUUUUUUAAAAUAACUUGUGGAAAUGUUGUUGUCAUUGGAAAAGGGGAAAAUCACUAUGCUUGAACUUCUUUUCGUUUUGAUGUUGCUCUUCUCUGGACCAACCCUGAGCAAGCUUAGCAGGACCAAAGGCAAACACUGGAAGGGGGGAUCCCGUCUCCGCCAAGAGGACUUUCCACCGCGGAUUGUGGAGCACCCCUCAGACGUGAUUGUUUCCAAAGGAGAGCCAACCACCCUGAACUGCAAGGCGGAGGGGAGGCCCACGCCCACCAUCGAGUGGUACAAGGACGGCGAGCGGGUGGAGACGGACAAGGAUGACCCACGCUCCCACCGCAUGCUGCUGCCCAGCGGAUCUUUAUUUUUCCUGCGCAUCGUGCACGGGCGCAGGAGCAAACCCGACGAGGGCAGCUACGUUUGUGUGGCAAGGAACUACCUUGGGGAGGCUGUGAGCCGCAACGCGUCCCUGGAAGUGGCAUUGCUGCGGGAUGACUUCCGGCAGAACCCGACGGAUGUGGUGGUGGCAGCAGGGGAGCCUGCGAUCCUGGAGUGCCAGCCGCCCCGGGGGCACCCCGAGCCCACCAUCUACUGGAAGAAGGACAAAGUCCGCAUUGACGACAGGGAGGAGCGCAUCAGUAUCCGUGGUGGGAAGCUGAUGAUCUCCAACACCAGAAAAAGUGAUGCAGGGAUGUACACGUGUGUGGGGACCAACAUGGUGGGGGAGCGCGACAGUGACCCUGCAGAGUUGACUGUCUUUGAGCGGCCCACGUUUCUCAGGCGACCGAUUAACCAAGUGGUGCUGGAGGAGGAGGCCGUGGAUUUCCGGUGCCAGGUGCAGGGGGAUCCCACUCCCACAGUGCGGUGGAAGAAAGAUGACGCAGACUUACCGAGAGGAAGGUACGACAUCAAGGACGACUACACGCUGCGCAUCAAGAAAGCCGCGAGCAGCGACGAGGGAACCUACACCUGCAUCGCCGAGAACCGCGUGGGCAAGGUGGAGGCCUCUGCCACGCUCACCGUGCGAGCUCCCCCACAGUUCGUGGUGAGACCACGAGACCAGAUUGUAGCCCAGGGUCGAACUGUGACUUUUCCUUGUGAAACUAAAGGAAAUCCCCAGCCAGCUGUUUUCUGGCAAAAAGAAGGAAGUCAGAACCUACUCUUCCCAAACCAGCCUCUGCAGCCCAACAGCAGAUAUUCAGUGUCACCAACUGGGGACCUCACCAUUACCAACAUCCAGAGGUCUGAUGGAGGCUACUACAUCUGUCAAGCUCUGACGGUUGCUGGAAGCAUUUUAGCAAAGGCUCAGCUGGAGGUUACUGAUGUCCUGACAGAUCGGCCUCCGCCCAUCAUCCUCCAGGGCCCCGUCAACCAGACCCUGGCCGUGGAUGGCACAGCUCUGCUCAAGUGCAAGGCCACCGGCGACCCCCUCCCUGUCAUCAGCUGGCUCAAGGAGGGCUUCACCUUCCUGGGCCGCGACCCUCGGACGUCCAUACAGGACCAGGGCACGCUCCAGAUCAAAGCCCUGCGGCUCUCUGAUACUGGGACUUACACUUGCGUUGCUACAAGUUCCAGUGGGGAGACGUCCUGGAGUGCUGUGCUGGAGGUGACAGAAUCUGGUGGAGCAACAGUCAGUAAAAAUUAUGAUACAAAUGACCUCCCUGGGCCACCAUCCAAACCUCAGGUCACUGAUGUUACUAAGAACAGUGUCACCCUGUCCUGGCAGCCAGGGACCCCUGGAAGCCUACCAGCUAGUGCAUAUAUCAUUGAGGCUUUCAGUCAGUCUGUGAGCAACAGCUGGCAGACGGUGGCCAACCACGUGAAGAGCACGCUGUACACCGUGCGGGGCCUGCGCCCCAACACCAUCUACCUGUUCAUGGUCAGGGCCAUCAACCCCCAGGGCCUGAGCGACCCCAGCCCCAUGUCAGACCCCGUCAGAACCCAAGAUAUCAGCCCCCCAGCACAAGGUGUGGAUCACAGGCAAGUCCAGAAGGAGCUGGGAGAUGUCAUUGUACGGCUGCACAACCCUGUUGUGCUGACACCCACCACAGUGCAAGUCACCUGGACGGUGGACCGGCAGUCCCAGUUUAUCCAGGGCUACCGCGUGCUGUACCGCCAGACCUCGGGCCUGCCCGCCCCGGCCACGUGGCAGAACCUGGAGGUGAAGGUGCCCACCGAGCGCAGCGCCGUCCUCGUCAGCCUCAAAAAGGGGGUCACCUAUGAGAUCAAGGUGCGCCCUUACUUCAAUGAGUUCCAGGGCAUGGACAGUGAAUCCAAGUCUGCUCGUACCACAGAGGAAGCUCCAAGUGCUCCUCCUCAGUCUGUCACUGUCCUGACAGUUGGAAAUCACAACAGCACAAGCAUCAGCAUCUCCUGGGAUCCUCCCCCUCCAGAUCACCAAAACGGAGUCAUCCAGGAGUACAAGAUCUGGUGCCUAGGUAAUGAGACUCGAUUUCAUAUCAACAAAACAGUAGAUGCAGCCAUUCGGUCUGUAGUAAUAGGUGGCCUAUAUCCAGGUAUCCAGUACCGCGUGGAAGUUGCUGCAAGCACCAGUGCAGGUGUGGGAGUAAAAAGUGACCCACAACCCAUAAUAAUAGGAGGUCGUAACGAAGUUGUCAUCACUGAAAAUAACAACAGCAUAACUGAGCAAAUCACUGAUGUGGUGAAGCAGCCUGCCUUCAUAGCUGGCAUUGGUGGUGCCUGUUGGGUCAUCCUCAUGGGUUUCAGCAUCUGGCUCUACUGGAGGAGAAAGAAGAGGAAGGGGCUCAGCAAUUAUGCUGUCACCUUCCAAAGAGGAGAUGGAGGACUAAUGAGCAAUGGAAGUCGACCAGGUCUGUUGAAUGCCAGUGACCCCAGUUAUCCUUGGCUUGCAGACUCUUGGCCUGCCACAAGUCUGCCAGUAAAUAACAGCACUAGUGGACCCAAUGAUCUUGGGAAUUUUGGUCGUGGAGAUGUGCUGCCACCAGUGCCAGGGCAAGGAGAUAAAACUGCAACCAUGCUUUCUGAUGGAGCCAUUUACAGCAGCAUCGACUUCACCACCAAAACCAGUUACAACAGCUCCAGCCAAAUAACCCAGGCUACGCCAUAUGCCACCACCCAGAUCCUGCAUUCCAACAGCAUCCACGAGCUGGCCGUCGAUUUACCAGACCCGCAGUGGAAAAGCUCAAUUCAGCAAAAAAAUGACCUCAUGGGAUUUGGUUACUCUCUCCCAGACCAAGGCAAAGGCAACAAUGCCUUGCUUUACAUCCCUGACUACCGGGUGGCUGAGGGACUGGCUAAUAGAUUGCCACACAACCAGUCACAGGAUUUCAGCACCACCAGCUCCCACAACAGCUCCGAAAGGAGUGGCAGCCUCUCAGGUGGCAAAGGAGGGAAAAAGAAGAAAAACAAAAAUACUGCCAAGCCCCAGAAAAAUAAUGGUUCAACCUGGGCCAGUGUUCCCCUGCCACCCCCUCCUGUGCAGCCACUUCCAGGCACAGAGCUGGAGCACUAUGGGGUGGAUCAGCAAGAAGCAGGAUAUGACAGUGAUGGUUGGUGUCCACCUUUGCCAGUUCAGACCUACCUGCAUCAGGGCAUGGAAGAUGAGCUUGAGGAAGAUGAUGAUCGUGUCCCCACACCUCCUGUCCGGGGAGUAGCUUCAUCUCCUGCCAUCUCCUUUGGGCAGCAGUCAACUGCAACUCUCACGCCUUCCCCACGAGAGGAGAUGCAGCCAAUGCUUCAAGCUCACCUUGAUGAGUUAACAAGGGCUUACCAGUUUGAUAUAGCAAAGCAGACAUGGCACAUCCAAAGCAAUACACAACCUCCUCAGGCUCCAGUUCCUCCCCUAGGAUACGUAUCUGGAAACCUCAUUUCAGAUUUGGAAACAGAUGUUCCAGAUGACGACGACGAUGAGGAUGACAUUGAAGAAGAAACUGUAGAACUCAGCAGGCCACUAAGAGGUCUAGAGCAUACUCCAGGCUCCAGUAUGGACAAUCUAGACAGCUCUGUAACAGGCAAAGCAUAUUCUUCCUCUCAGAGACCUCGGCCAGGCAGUCCUUUCUCUACUGACAGCAACACGAGUGCAGCUGUCAGUCAGGGUCAGAGGCAGAGGCCCACGAAGAAACACAAGGGCGGGCGUUUGGAGCAGCCCCCUCUGCCUCAUCGCCGCGAGGGAAUCACGGACGAUCUUCCACCACCACCCGACCCGCCCCCCGGUCAGGGUUUAAGGCAGCCCAUAGUGCCCGGCCAGCGCGGAGGCUCUGCCGAGAGGAAGGGGAGCUCUCUGGAGAGGCAGCACGCCGCAGCCAACGUAGAUGACACAAAGAGCUCCCUGGACCGGCCCGCUAGGACAUCACUAGAGUGGCAGCGGCAAGCCCAGGAAUGGAUAAGCUCUGCAGACCGCCAAGAGGAUUUCAGGAAAGCCCAACACAAAGCAGCCUUCGGAUCAGAAGAGGCACUCGUACCAUAUAGUAAACCCAACUUCCCAUCCCCUGGUGGCCACAGCUCUUCAGGAACAUCUUCUUCUAAAGGAUCGACUGGACCCAGAAAAGGUGAAGUCUUGCGAGGGGGUCACCAACGCAAUGCCAGUGACCUUCUCGAUAUAGGCUAUGUGGGAGCAAACAGUCAAGGACAGUUUACUGGUGAAUUAUAGUAGUUGAGAAGACACAUUGCAAGCUGCUCUGAUGGACCAUCAGGUCUGAACUCAUGGAAGUGAUGACACUAAACAGUGCAAUGAACAUUUUCUUUAUUUAUGUACUAUUAAAAGAACUGUAAAUGCAAUGUAAAGACACACAGCCACACAUAUCCCACAGAUACUUUACUUGUGUUCUUCUCUUUAAUACACCAUCCACCUUAAACUAUUCCUUGUCAGGAGUAUAUAAAAAAAAAGAAAGAAAAAAAAAAAUCACCCUCCAGGAUUAAGAGGAUUUCCUUCUGUAUAUAAUUUCUUUUGUUGCAUUGCUAUGCAAGCUCACCUUCUUUUUAGCUAUGUUCAUAUUCAUGUCUGUUUUUACUGGUCUGUUGUACUAUAUGUGAAUUAAUAGGCUGUGGUGCCAUAUAUUAACUUUUAAUUGUGUAACUUUUAUGUUUAAAGUUUGCACUGCAAUUUUAUUUGGUGAUAAGCACAAAACUCUACUCCUCAUGACAUGAAGAAAAAAAGAGACUGAAUGUGGGAAGGUUUACAUCCUGUAAGCUACUUUGGAUGUAAGGGAGUGUGUUAAGUGGUUUUCCAUUGGGGUGUAGAAAUGAGAAAGUGACAGGCAAAACUGAUGUCAGUGAAGACAUUAGAGACAGAUUUAAACCUUUUAAAAGCAAGCAACAUAGUUGCUCUUCCUAUUUAAGAAGGGGUCAGAAGUUGGAAGUGUGAGAUUAAAGAAUGAAAAUGAAAACUAAAGGUAGCAUGAGAUGGCCUAGACCCUUUCACUAGAGUGAUACCCUUAGUAUCUGCUUUUAGCCAUCCCAUGCCACUAAGGGGAAGAAAACACAAACCUUGCUACAAAUAAAAGAACUUAAGGUGUUUCACUAAAGCUGUUUUUAUUUUGCAGUUUUAAAGGAAUUAUUACCAUUAAUUUUUUCAGCCCAAAACAUAGGACAGAGAUUUUUCAGGAGAAUCAAACCACAUAAACACAAGGAAUACCUAGUAAGAAGAUAAGAAUGCAAUUUAUUACUAAGACAUAUUCAGGCUGCUUCCAAAAAAUUGAAAUGUCAGAGUAUCUUAUUUCAUCUUUCCAAUACAUGUACAGUACGAUAGAGGAUAAAGCUGCACCACUGAAAUUCAUGACAUUAAUUGUUUUGAUGCAGUCUACACAACCCUUUCUGUUCCAUACCUGAAGCCUGCAAGAGCUGAACUUGGAUCCACUAAAUUUGUAGUAAAAUGUUCAGUUUUUGGAAGGAAAGCAAUGGUCAAAUUAUUUUUGACUUGCAUUAAGUAUAUUUCUGGCAAUACAAUACAUCCAAAAAGUUGGAUAUAAGCAAAGGAGAUCUUUGAGCUGUGUUUUAGUGAGUGGCUUCAAACUCUACUAUGAUGAGGAAAUAACGCACGUUUAUACACUUUUUGAAUAAACCAGACUCUGUAAGUGGACAUUAAUGACAGCAUCCUGUCUCUCCAUUAAUUUUCAUGACUUUGUCCAAGUCUUCUUUACCUCUCAAAUCUCAAAGAAUAAAUUCUCAAGCUUUUCUUAGAAUAUUGUUUGUGGCUAACCCACCCAUUACUUUGAUGCUUAAUUUAAAUAUUGCAUCUUACAGCUUUUUUCUGUUAGUUAUCUGACCAUGAACACGAGUUUCCAUUGAAUACCCUUUUCAUAUAACCAGUCUAUGUUGUUUUAUAUUUUGCCUUGGAGCUCACCAGUAUUAAAAACACUUUUUGUCAUGGCAGAAUUUUAGAAAAGUAAAUUACGAUGCUAAAUAUGUGUUGCUUUUCAUUUCAUUAACUUGUUCCAUGAUAAGAUAAAACACGACAGCCAUCAACUAUAACUCAGCACUAUUGAAUAUUGAAAAAUGCUAGUUAGCUCCCUUAAGGUCAAGAUAUGUUAUUUAGCAAGUUACAAACAAAAAAAGGUUGAGGAAAAAAAGUAUGAACUUAUUUACGUAUGUGACCAAUGAGUAUAUGCAAUUUUCCUGCUUGUUAAAACACUAUAGUUAAAAACAUAACUUAAAAAUGUGCAAAAAAUGUUCAAGUAAGAUAAAUAAUGCAGCAUAAUCACAUGUGCAUGGUUUUUAUUUUGGUAUAUACCAUAUGAAGAGAAGACUAUUCAGAGUACAAUUCCAAUUUAAUCCUCUGGAAAAUGUUUAACUCAGUCACUGAUAGUUGUUUUUUCCCCAUUUAAUUCAAAAGCUUGUGCUGAGCUUUGGUGGAACACCUUACUCACUCUGUUCUAUUCAAAAUUCAGUAUCUUUAGAGGUUGAUAAAGCCAUUCCAAUUCCUUUCAAAUAUGUGUUUUAUCUCUUCCACUGGAAAGUAAAUGUGUGUCAGUAUUAAAGCUGUUCAGUACCAUGAUAUUCACUAACUUGUCCAUCUGCUUCUGUACAUUUUUGUUCAUUAAUAAUUUGCUUACAAUAUUACAUAAGGUGUUGUUGUGUAUGGCAAAGUGUCUCCAUUAUCUUACAGGUGAUGUCUCUUCUUUUUUUUUCUCUCUCUCUUUUCUAUACAGUGUACUUCCAAUGAACCACAGUACAUAUUUUUUAAAAUGCCAUUUAAUUUACUAUUUUAAAAGAAGUAUUCUUCUUUUUUUAAAAAAAAUGAAAACAUUUAUUGUGAAUAAUGUGUUUAAAGAAAAGGGAUGUUGUGGCAGCACUUAGAAUUGUUUUUUAAUUUGUUUUUUUAAAAAAAACUGUUUAUUGGCUACAGUUUGUUCACGAAAAAGUAUGACCUCUUAAUGUGUUUCAUUGGUAUUGUUAGUGCAGCAAAGUUUAAUUGGCAUAAGAAGUUGGUUAAUAGUACUGUUGAAGUGUGUAUUGUAUAUUUACUGGGGAAAAAUAAAACAUAUUCACAUUUCAAAUCUAUGUUAAAAGACCUUGAGUAAGGAGUCGAUGUGUGAAAACCCAAACAGGGAAAAUCAGGCAAUAAUAACAUAGACUGAGCUAUAAUCAUCACUGUCCACUUACAGGUGACAAGGAACAUUUUAUACAUUGUUUUUUGAACUAAGCCAGUGGCAAACAUUGCCUGUCCUAGGGGUUUCUGUUUAAUGUCCUGUCUCUCCUGGAGCAGUUGUACCUCUGUAAUGGCACUGAUGCAGCUAUUCCAGUGAAUAUUCUGCUUGUAGCUGUUCCCUCAGUGUGGGCAGGCCCUGAGGAGGCACAGCUGGCUCUGCCUGAAGCCCACAGAGCAGUGGAGGUGUAAAGCCUGGUCUGAACCCUCAGACCUGGGGCUUGCUACUGGUGGGGCUACAGCCAGCCCAGUGCAGAAUACCCCAAAAUGUACGGAUAGGUCAAUUUUUCUUGAUCUUUGUGCUCAAUUUUAAAUGCAGGAGGGCUGAAGGACCAAAUAAUGAAUUGUUCCAUGUGCUUCAGUGGUGUAUUGCUGUAUGGGCAGCCAUUUCAGUGAUGCAAGAAACAGACAUUUCCUUUUUUGAUGUUCCUUUUUUUUUCUUUGGCCUUUAUUUCUCAAGCACAUACCCAAGUCAGUAAACCUUUAGGAUACCUUUUGGUUGUCACCUGAAAUGCAACAGAAACACCAUUCCUUGGGAAAAGUAUUAAAGAUAAGGUGCAUGGAAUGUUUUUAAGUAUGUUAAUUUAACUGCACACCAGUGAAAAAGGAAGACAUGACUGUUUGGAAUAAUUAUAUGCUGGUUUAUGCUUGCCUCAGCCCAUGCAUUGCCAGCCACGAGAAGAGGUGUGUGCUGAGGCUGAGAAAGAGUCCUCACAACUGAAAGAGGAAAGGGAAUAGGGCUGGGGGAGAUUUUGGCAGGAACUUCAAUUUAAAAAAGAACAAAAUUACAGGCAGCUCCUUUGGCUUGUCUACAAUUUAUGCAGUUUGGGGUUUUUUUAUGGUUAAUGGCCUUGUGGAGUCUUAGCAGGGGAGCUAGAAAGAAAAAAAGUUGACCUUUUGUAAAGAUUGGGGGGUACUUCUUUGGUGAGGGAGGAUUUUUAAAUUUAAUUUUUAAUUUUUUUAACACAUGUUUUGUGUUCCAUCUAUCUGGAACACAUUAGCUAAAAAAUAAGUUGUUUUUAAAAGCCAUGUGGGGAGCGGACAAUUCAUUUAGGAGGCAAAUUCAAAUAGCAGGAAAAAGUAAUACUAAAAUAAGUAACACAUACUGGUUUAGAAACAGCCAAGUCCACCACAGUUUCACAUGCAAUUUUGAACAGUGCAGGCAAUGAUGUGUAUAAACUUCAUUGCUUUUGCUUUGCAUACCAAAACAAAUUACCCAAAGUCCAUAGGAGGCCUAGAUCCUGGGGACACUGAAUCUGGUGCUUUGUUUUAGAUGUGUGGUUAAUGCAGGCUGGUGAGAGUGGAGAACGCUCAGGGUUGAACAGCCCUGGCUG